CGUGUCCAGCAAGAGAGUGAAGUGCCAGGUCAGCCAUUGUAGCCGGCCCCAUAACUCUAUGCUAUAGCUGUACUGUACUCUGUGAGAAGCUAUAAGCUUGGGAAGGAUAAGCUCAAACACUAAUGGAAGCAAAGAUGAAGCUGCAAAAGUUCCUUGUGAGAUAGCCAGAGAGAAGCCAAUGAAACAUGACGUUGCAAGAUAACGCUAGGCCACCCACAACCCACUAUGUUCCGGAAAUUUCUGUAGGAUCCUUGAAAAAGCACUGUGUAUUUUUUCCACUAUAUACAAUGAACAACAGCAGUGAUCGCUCAAGCAGUCUGUUCUCCCCCCUCCCCUCACACCAAAGCACACCCGGCCAGAGCUACACUCCCACCCCCUCACAGCACACCCUCACAGCCUCACAAGACCCCACCCCUCUCACCAUCAGUGCUCACGACAUAGAUGGAGGCAGUAAAGAUUUCACAGAGUACACCAAUCUCGACAUAAGUAGUCUCAACUCUACUAAGACUUCAACUAACAAGGAGAAUGCAUUGACCACACCUAAAACCACACCCACAGUUUCGAUAAGAGUCCGAGUGUCUGCUAAAAAGUUAAGAGAGAUACAGUCACCAUACGAUAGUUCAUCCUCGUCUCUUGAGGGCAAGUCUCCACUACUGCACAGCAUGAUAGAGCCGGGGAGGCACUCCUUCCAGCCCACCCACCCACACACAUCACAGGCUUCACCAUUAUUGGUAGGAGGAGGUCAGGAGAGGGCGGAGGAGAGGACAGCACUGACUCCUCAGAGGGAGCGCAUAAUUCAACGUAAAGUAAAUUUAAUUGGGAAUACGGACCAAGACACUCAGGCUGGCACUAAGAAGGUUUCCCUUCGACAAGGAGUGCUUCAAACCAGACCAGAUUCAACUGACCCCCAAGAUAUCUCAUCUGACAGUGUGCUGAUUCAGAAUGAGGUGUCCACAGAACAAUGCACAGCUCAAGCCUCCAGGGACAAGCUGCUCUACUGGAAGUCACAGGACGUUGGCACCUCUAGGGCCAAAGCUGUGUAUCAUGUUCAACCAGUGGGGUUGCCAGACAGUCAAAAAUCACAUGUGGUUAUUUCAGACGUUGUACAGGCAGCAGAUCAGAAAAUCAAGAUGUCUGAAAAUCAAAAUCGUCUCAGAGAAGAUGGACAAUUUCGAUUUCACGAGGAGACUGCUAAACUGGUUGCCACGUGUACAGCAGCAGCCACUGCUGCUCUCCUGGGAACCCAUCAGAAUCCUGUCAAGCUGAUGGGGCGACCUUCAGGCUCUAAGGUACAAUCUCCCCCGGGGCAAGCAGCUAGUGAUGUCACUAGUCAUGAGCCAGAACGACUUUCACCUACUCCCGUAGACCAAACUGAUUAUGUCAAAACAAAUGGCGCCCAAAAUCACACUAAUUGGGCUCAUUCCCAAAACAAUCAAGAUGUGAGGUCUAAGCCAACUAAAAAUAAUACUUUCUUCACAAAUCGGCCCAACAACAUUACCCCACUUGGUAGUCAUUACAGAGCCCGCCCACCUUCAUCUCCCGGGAGGACAGCGCAGGAGUGGAGAGACACACCCCCACAAUACUCAGACCUUGUGACCCGAGUCAACAGGAUGGAAGAGUUGCAACACUCUCGGCUACUGACAAUGGACAAGGUAGUUAUGGAUACAGACAAGCCGUUGUUCAAAGAUAACCAUGCCAACAGAAAUCCGGUGUUCAAAGAUAACCAUGCCAACAGAAAUCCGUGCCCUGGGAAAAGAGUGUUCUCACUUGUGAAGAAUGAAUAUUGUCAGACUAGUCCACUUGGAGGGCUUCCGUUAACAAAACUAUCAGCCCCUUUAGCUCACAUUAGUACUCCUAGCAUAGGCAUUGAUGUCGACACAGAGGGGGCUACAGAGGAAAGUGGUGCAUCUUUUACCGGAAUGAGUGUAAGGAACUCGAAAGAGAACACACGCCUCCCAUCUUCGUCUACCCACCUCUCUCAUAUGCCAGUGACUAGACCUCUCCUCCACGACCCCCCACAGUCGGUCAGACUAGAGGAAGAUGGUGUUUGGAGUGUGGCCAAGGUUCUGAGUGACGUGCAGCAAGCCAGAGCUGAUAUAGACCUCCAGUGUGCACUCACAGAGGCCCAGGAACAGUACACUGAUUUGGGGGAGCUCCUGCAAUCAAUGGAAUAUUCUGAGGAGUUCCGUGAUGUCAGCUACAAGGUGGCUCAGUUGCUCGAGAGUGCGCGGACCAAUCAGGAAACAGCUGUCACUUCACGAGACUUACAUGUAGAGAUGCCUAAGGCAAUGUCUGUGACUGGAGGGAAGCCUGAUGCUAUGGGAAGACAAAGGAAGGAGGCUAUUAAGACUGGAAGAGCUCACAAGGUUUCAAACCAGGAAACGAGACAAAAACCAAUCGCUACUGGAAAGAUGACGUCUAUCAAACCUCGUGUUAGUGCAAGAGUGACCACUCCUAAACUACGCCCAUCACAAAUAAAGAAAACUUCGUACCACUAUCCUCUGAAAAAAGUCUCAUUCACAGCUAGCACAGCUCCACACACUGACACCCCCACCACUGCUCCACACCCUAAUGCCCCCACAACUAGCACAGCUUCACACCCUCACGCCCCCACAACUAGCGCAACUCCACACUCUCACAGUGUACCCACUCAGCUAAACCAAUGGCCGGUAGUGAUUCCCAUUGGGCCACCCUGUGUGAUCCCAUCUCCAAUCUACACUCUUCACGACCCCCUGCAUAGAAGCAGACCCCCCACACAGUGUGACAAAUUCACCAGCACACACGCCCCUCCCCAUGGUGCAGACACAAAGAAGUCAGUGGCCACCACUGCAGACGCUUGCUUGCAGACCAGCCUCAGUCACGACACAGAGGAGACUGGCAGCAGUGCUUUGGAUGAGCUACUAAUGAAGGAGCAAGGUGUUGUCGAUGUUAGCAAGAUGGACAACACUGUGGAGGAUAUUAGUAAUGAGAGUAGCGGUGGCCUUGAGGAGAGCAGGGAAGAGAAUCUCCAGGCUGUGGACCCUAGUGAACUAAGCAGUACCGGAAGUGUAGAGUCAGCUCUCACCAUCCUGGGCCAACACCCGCCCACUCCACCCCCCUCACAGCCACCCCCUCCACGACCCUCACAUCACACACAGUGUGUGAGAGAGUGUGCUUCAGAGGAGCUAAACGAGCAGCUGCAGGAACGGCUUGAAUCGAGAGCUGUUGAAUGGCUACGACAGGAGCUAACAAUGAGAAUGCUCUCUCAAAUGAAACCUCUCGGAGACAGUGGGUCUAACACUCCUAGCAUUUCCAACUCUUGCUCUACUUGCUCCAUUGAUUCCCUAAACAAACUCACCGAUGCUGCAAAGCUGGCUCCCUCUUAUACCGGACCAGAGGACAAUACAGUGGUGUUCUCAGCUGUGAAGGAGGCUAUCAGGUUAGAGCUUCUCUCUUUCGCUCGGGAGAUGACUGGUGCUAUGGAAACUAUACCAGCCACGGAGCAAAGAGCUGCUGAAGACACUGAUGACCAGUACAGUUACACUCCACCAGAGUCCUUCACCAGCUCCCUCUCUGAUCGGGACUCUCUCUCUACCCCUCACCCCACUCCCCCACUCUCAAUCUCCCCUACACCUGACGACACCCUCACUUGUGAAGGGGUGGGGCUUAUCAGCACACCACCCCUCACACCUCCACACAAUGAGAGUAGACCACACUCACCAACUAUUGCUCUACAGACACCUCAGGUGAGUGCUGAUGAGGAGAGCAGUGUGUCUGAGAGUGUUCACAAAACAAUAAGUGUUUUCAGCGAUCGAACUGUUACUACCCCACAAGCCACACCCAUUCCUCCUCCCAUUAGUGUAGGGUCGCCCCCUCGCUCGCUUACAGAACCCGUCACUCCACUCACACAACAGCACACUAAAGAAUUAAAUACUUCUGAGGACACCUCCACUACCUCCAAUGAUAUCAGCUCCACUCCGUCACAUGAUCACACUCUGACAUCCUCUACUAGCUCCACAGACAGGGCAAUCUCAAUGGGAGAAUGCAUUCAGACAAAGUUCCACCUACCUCAUGCCAACUCCUCACUCAGUGAAGGGGAGGUCCCCCUCUCCCCCGGUGACAUCAGAUGGGGUGCUCUGUUCUCCAAGGUGGACCCGACAGUUGAGGCCUUCCUGGAAUUAAAGCAUUCAGGGGAUUCGUUCAGUGGCUCUGAGGAUACCUGCCAUUCUCAGUCACAGGAGUUCAGUGUUGGUGAAGUGGGCAGAACAAAAGUGAUAUGUGUGGGCCCAUUUGAGAAGUUUCUGACCAAUAUCAAUACCUCCACACCUGACGACUCCUCCAGCUGCACUAGAGAAGGCUCAUCAGUCGAGAACACACUCUCUGAGUUAACCUCUAUUAACCUGGACCCUCUGGCCCCGGAUAUUACCCCUAUCCUGACCCAAGUACGAAGGCAUAAACCUGCUGGAAAGAACAAAGGAUCUCCUGGGGAAGUAUUGAGCUUAAGAACCAAAGAUAAGAGAGAGAAUUCAAGUAUUAGUUUUCCUCAUUCUGAGGGUGAAGUUCCUAAAAGACUUAAAGCUCGAAAAAAUCGACCACAUGUGAUUGAGACAAGUCAGUUCGAUGUUAGCGUGGACAAUACCAAUGAGAUAAGGAAUGGGAUUGAUGUCAUCAGCUUAUCCCGACUGAGUUCAUCUAAACUCCAAGACAAAGAGGAGUCUAGGCUAGAUGAUGACACACUGCAGAGCAUCUCACAAAUCUCUGUCAAGAGCUCUCCUGUGGAAGCAGGCAUGCCAAAACUACUACUAGUCCAGCCAACCUACGCUCAUAAAGAAGAACAGGCGACAGGGAAUGAAAUGCCUUCUGUAACUUACUCUGAUCGACAGCCAUCACCAAAAACACUUACUUUUAGCUCAUCUGAAGACCUUCAUAUGCAGAACAUUAACCUCUCAGAACUGGAACUAACAGACACUGUAUCAAAACAAGACAAUAAGGAAGCUGUUGAAGCACCCACACCACCCCUACCCUCACCACAUAGGACCACUAUCAAUGUGACUGUUCCCGUAGCUUCAGAGGAACUCACUGAUUUUAGGAGUAGCGAUAGCUACUCUAGCGACUUUGACUUUACGUCCUCUGUAUCUAUACCUGGCAUUGACUAAAAAAAAGGAGUAUUGAGUAUUUCAUAAAUUAAUGUUCA